GUAUCUAACCUUUAUUCUUGCAUAUUAUGAUCUACUAAUUGCGAUAAUAUGUACGUUAUAUAAAUUUCAAUUCUUUUUUUAAGUGCUGUCAACGAAACCUCGCGAACGAAUCAUUCUGCUGCACACAUUUUGUUUCUGUUGAUGAUGGCGUCCGCUGGUUACGCGUUGGAAGAUUUACGGAAACAAGCGCGCCACCUCGAAAAUGAAAUCGACCUAAAGCUCGUCUCCUUCAGCAAGCUUGGCACCGGCUUUGGUUCCAGAGAGCUCAAGAAUGAAAGCCUUGAUACUGCGCCGUUGCUUGGCAGGGACCACAUGUUCGAGACAAUGACCUUGGAAAUUGAGCAGCUGCUAUCCAAGCUGGGUGAGGUCAACGACCAGAUGAGCCAGGUGCAGACGUCGAGCGGGGCUGCUCCCAGCGCCACGGUCCUUCACACGCUGCAGCGCCACCGGGACAUCCUGCAGGACUACGUUCGCGAGUUCCACAAGACGCGCACCAACGUGCAGGCCCACCGGGAGAGGGACCUUCUCCUCGGCUCCGUGCGCAAGGACAUAGACUCUUAUAAGAACUCAUCAAGCCUCAAUCGGCGGUCAGAGGGCUACCUAAAAGAACACGAGCACCUGAAAAGCUCAGACCGGAUGGUACAUGAUCAGAUAAACAUCGCUAUUCGAACAAAGGAUGAGUUGCUGAGUCAGCGCAACGCCCUGAAGGCCAUUCAGACCAAGAUGACCACUCUAGCCAGUAUCCGCUUCCCCAUGAUUAACAGCCUGGUGCAAAGGAUCAACCUGCGCAAGAGGAGGGACUCCAUCAUUCUGGGCCUCGUCAUUGGGACCUGCACGGUGCUGCUGUUGCUGUACAUUACUCGCUGAAACUCGUGGCUGCCGACACCGAUGAACCGCGUCUCUAGCUUUUCGUGCCCAAGCUCCUCCUAGAAACUCGAGUGCGUUUUUAAUGGAAACAAAGGUCGUGGUUGAUUGACCCUCCCCCUCCUCCCAUUCGCGUUGACUGUAAGAUAUAUAUAUAUAUAUUAUACGCCUGUACAUAAUGGACCUUUAUGCUACUGGUGAAGAGAAAGAGGCAUUGCACGGCUGUAACUCGCGUUUGUUGUUUUCUAAGCGGGAAUAAAGUAUUUUGAUU